GUUUCGUAGAGGAGUGAGACCUCUCGCCUUUUCUCUCCUCUCUGACGCACAGCCGACGUCGAGCUUUUGCCACGUCAUCAGGCGCUCCGUCACCACCAACAACAUCAAACAUGGCGGCGUCUGUCCGGGAGAAGCAGGCAGUCGCUCUGAAGCGAAUGCUGAACUUCAACGCUCCUCCUCUGAAGAACACAACAGCUGAGCCAGUAUGGAAGGUGCUGAUAUACGACCGGUUUGGCCAGGACAUCAUCUCCCCGCUGCUGUCCGUCAAAGAGCUGAGAGACAUGGGCAUCACCCUGCACCUUCUGCUUCACUCAGACAGAGAUCCCAUCCCUGAUGUACCAGCCGUCUACUUCGUCAUGCCCACAGAGGAGAACAUCGACAGGAUAUGUCAGGACCUGAGGAACCAGCUGUAUGAGUCGUACUACCUGAACUUCAUCUCUGCCAUCAGUAGAAGUAAACUGGAGGACAUCGCCAGCGCCGCUCUGGCUGCCAACGCCGUCAGCCAAGUCACCAAGGUGUUUGAUCAGUACCUGAACUUCAUCACUCUGGAGGACGACAUGUUCAUCCUCUGUCACCAAAACAAGGAGCUCAUCUCCUACCACGCCAUUAACAGAGCAGACAUCCAGGACACAGACAUGGAGGCCAUCAUGGACACCAUCGUGGACAGUCUCUUCUGUUUCUUCGUCACUCUGGGUGCGGUGCCGAUCAUCCGCUGUCCCCGAGGAAACGCAGCAGAGAUGGUGGCUGUGAAGUUGGAUAAGAAGCUCCGUGAGAACCUGCGGGACGCCAGAAACAGCCUCUUCACCGGAGACAACAUGGCCGCCGGACAGUUCAGCUUUCAGAGGCCUCUGUUCGUUCUGGCGGAUCGUAAUGUGGACAUGGCCACGCCCCUCCACCACACCUGGACCUAUCAGGCGCUGAUCCACGACGUCCUGGACUUCCAUCUGAACAGAGUGAUGAUGGAGGAGGGCGCUGGGGCGGAGCCAUCGCCCGCCGGCGCCAGACCAAAGAAGAAGAGCAGGAAGUCCUACGACCUGACCGCUGCCGACAAGUUCUGGCAGAAACACAAGGGCAGUCCGUUCCCUGAGGUGGCGGAGUCGGUUCAGGAGGAGCUGGACACUUACAGAGCUCAGGAGGACGAGGUCAAACGGCUGAAGAGCAUCAUGGGUUUAGAGGGAGAGGAUGAAGGAGCCAUCAGCAUGCUGUCAGACAACACAGCCAAGCUCACCUCUGCCGUCAGCUCUCUGCCGGAGCUGCUGGAGAAGAAGAGGCUCAUCGACCUGCACACCAACGUCGCCACGGCCGUACUCGACCACAUCAAGAGUCGUAAAUUGGACGUUUACUUUGAGUAUGAGGAGAAACUGAUGAGCAAGUCGACUUUAGACAAAUCACUGCUGGACAUCAUCAGUGACCCAGAUGCCGGGACCCCAGAAGACAAAAUGAGACUGUUCCUCAUCUACUACAUCACCGCUCAGCAGGCUCCUUCAGAGUCUGACCUGGAGCAGUAUAAGAAGGCUUUACUGGACGCAGGCUGUGACCUUUCACCUCUAAACUACAUCAAACAGUGGAAGGCGUUCACCAAGAUGGCUGCCACCCCGGCCAACUAUGGCAACAGUGGAGUCAAACCCAUGGGGCUGUUUUCCAGAGUGAUGAAUACCGGCUCCCAGUUUGUCAUGGAGGGAGUGAAGAACCUGGUGCUCAAACAGCAUAAUCUCCCAGUCACUCGGAUCCUCGACAACCUGAUGGAGAUGAAGUCCCAUCCUGAAACAGAUGACUAUCGAUACUUUGACCCGAAGAUGCUGCGAGGCAGCGAGAGCUCCAUUCCCAGGAACAAGAACCCGUUUCAGGAGGCCAUUGUGUUUGUGGUGGGAGGAGGAAACUACAUCGAGUAUCAGAACCUGGUGGAUUACACAAAGUCUAAACAGGGGAAGAAGGUUGUUUACGGCUGCAGUGAACUCUUCAACGCUGCGCAGUUCAUCAAACAGCUCUCCCAGCUCGGCCAAAAGUGAAGUGGGCGCCAACAAUAUGUGAACCUCUCUCUCUCUCUCUCUCUCUCUCUUUCUUUAUCUCUUUAUUCCAGUUUGUUUUAUAUAAACUCUGUUCUGUAAAUUUUCUGUCUUCAUCAUUCAGUUCCUGUUUCUCACCCUCAGCACUAAUAAAGCGUAACAGUCUCAGCUCA